AUGGAAGAGUACGAGGGAAAUUCAAACUCUCCCGCUCAUGGAGAAGAUUUUGAUGUACGGAAAGGUCCAUGGACGGAGGACGAAGAUGCUAUUCUCAGCAACUUCAUCUCUAUCCAUGGUAAUGCUCGCUGGAACCACAUAGCUUGUUCCUCAGGGCUUAAGAGAACUGGAAAGAGUUGCAGAUUAAGAUGGGUUAACUACUUGAGUCCAGAUGUAAAAAGAGGCAACAUCACCCUCGAAGAACAAUUUACGAUCCUCAAACUCCAUUCUCUCUGGGGUAACAGGUGGUCCAAGAUUGCACAAUAUUUACCGGGAAGAACAGAUAAUGAAAUAAAAAAUUAUUGUAGAACUAGGGUGCAAAAACAAGCUAAACACCUUAGAUGUGAUGUUAAUAGCGAUCGUUUCAAGGAGACAAUGAGAAAUGUUUGGAUGCCUAGAUUAAUGGAAAGAAUAAACGCCCAAUCAACACCAGCCACAUGUGAGCCAGUGGAUUCAAUGAUCACCGACCCAGGUCAAUCUAUUGACACAAAGAAUCCGGUCAAACCUGGCUACGAUCAGUUUAACCCGAUUCAUUAUCAUAAGCAGUUCGUACCGGCACCAGAAUUGGCCCCAACGUCUUCGAAUACGCCAGCUGAGACGUUAUCUGACGUUCAAGGUACGGUAGUGAACGGGUUGGGUUAUGAUCCUGAGGUUCAAACGGGUUUCGGGGAGUGCAAUGAUUGGGACUCUGUUGGUAGAGACACCAUGUCGACCGAUGAUGAGAAUAUUUGGUUCUUGCUCGACCAGUUCUGCCACGGAACAAUAUCGAAUAAUAAUCAAGGAAAUAUAUAUGAUUACGAUAGAUAA